CGAGAGGAUUCCAUUUAAUCUCAUCGCGAGAACCGCCCUGAAAAAGAGGCGGAAAAGCUUCCAAUUUUUUUUUGCCGACAUCAAGGGAUGAUUUCAUUUGCCAUGUUUUCGCGGAUAUCGCAGUUAUCCCGAAUGUAAAUAGUUGGGGGUGGCGGUCGAUAGCAACCGCUUCAGGAUUGCCGCAAGCCGGUCGCAACUAGCGUGUAUUCUUCAGUCUCAUCGUCAUUCGGUCUUCGGCACCUAAACCGACAGCAAGGUCCUAUCCGUCGACGUAGCAAGGCUGCGCGGACUCGGCAAUAAAGUCUCUCAGACGGCAGACGUCGCAGGCAGCGUCGGUAGCGUCGGCUAGGGAUUCGCGAGCCGUCCAUCACGCGUGUUUUUCUGGUGGUGUGUUUACUGUGACGCACAGGUGGUGUUUACACGUUCGGCCGGCUUUGAUCUGCUGAGGAAUUUAGACCGUCAGAUAAAUCUAAAUGGAUAUUGAGGUAUAUUAUGUGACAAGUGGAUAACAUUUCAGUAUGGAACACUUAAUUAUGGAAUGCGUUAAAAUAAGAAGACUACUCGUGCUUCUUCUAGUAGCGAUUUGUUGUGCGGAAUCUUCCAACAAUUCAGAAACUAAACCGUUAACAGUGUCUCAAGUCCCAUCACUGACAGAGGAACUUUCUGAACAGGAACUAUCUUCCCAACUUCAAGACGUAGAUACAAGAAGUGGGGGUUGGUCAUCCUGGUCAGAUUGGUCCUCUUGUUCGAGGUCCUGUGAUGGCGGUGUUUCUCACCAGAUCAGGACGUGUAAUGCAGCCCCUUGUAGGGGAGAACACAUACGUCACAAAAUAUGUAAUAUGCAGGCAUGUCCGGAGGCCAGAAAUUUCAGGGAAGAUCAAUGUUCGGCUUUCAACAAGAAACCCUUCAACAAUAUUAUGUACGAAUGGUUCGCACACUACGACGAGGAGAACCCUUGCGCUCUGUUUUGCAAGGGAAAACCCGCUGAUGAAGAUUUAGAUGAGGACUCAUCGGAAGAAGCAGUAAUGACAAUAACGAAACUGGCGGAUAAGGUACACGAUGGAACAAGAUGUAGACAUGGUAGUCUGGAUAUGUGUAUUGAUGGGAAAUGUCAUGUGGUUGGCUGUGACCUGAAAAUCGGUUCAACGAAACAAAUAGAUGCCUGUGGAAUUUGUGGUGGAAAUGGAGAUUCCUGUGCUAGACCCCUUUAUCAUUGGAACUUAGCACCGAUGUCUUUGUGUUCUGUCACUUGUGGAGGGGGGUACAAGAUGUCACGUCCAGUCUGUCAGAACAGGAUAUCUGGAGAAGAAGUGGAUGAACAGCUUUGUAAUGAUUCUCAGAAACCAGAUUCAUCAGUUCUUCCUUGUAAUAACCAUAACUGUCCCGCUAGAUGGCAUGCUGGUGAUUGGGGUCCUUGCACAGUAACAUGCGGUGGUGGAUCUAGAAUGAGGCAGGUGUAUUGUGUGGAAGAAGCUAAUAAUACGAAAAUCAAGGUGAACGAAAUGAAGUGUUUUGGUCUAAAACCAAGGUUCCAAGAGUCAUGCAAUGAAUUCGAAUGUCCCACGUGGCAUUCUUCAAGUUGGUCAGGGUGUUCAGUAUCAUGCGGUGAAGGCGUACAAGUUCGCUUGGUCGAAUGCCGGGACGAUAAAGAAAAACUGAGUACCAAAUGCGAUCCCCUGCUGAAACCCACCGAUACCAAACCCUGUUCGACAGGCAUCCAAUGCCCGUUCAAUGGAGAUUCAAACGAGGACUUCUCGGUGUUGCCAUACCACCAACCCUUAAUCCAACCGUAUCCACCACCUCCACUACCGGAAAAACUUGUAGGAGACGCCAUUGUACCAUCCGAAACCACAUUUGUUCCAGACCAAUGGGGGCCUUGUAGCGUGAGCUGUGGCGAAGGUAUCAGGAAAAGGGAAGUUCAUUGCAAAAUUUUUCUGGAAUUCUCGCGAACCAUUGCCAAAUUGCCGGACCACAAAUGUGGCACACCCAAACCUAUCGAGGUUGAAAAGUGUUAUAUGGGUCCAUGUACCGCAGAGAAGCUAGGCAUGGGCAUCGGUGUUGACACUAUCAAAGACGAUCCUUACAGAGAAUUCAAGGUUGCUGGAGGUUCCCCUGGAAAAACAUACGCUUGGAAAGAACAAGGCUACACACAUUGUAGUGCCACUUGCCUCGGAGGCAUGCAAGAGCUGAUAGUGAACUGCAUACGCGAAGACACGGGAAAAGUAACUUCUCCUUACCUUUGCCCAAUGGAAACCAAACCAGAAAUCCUAAAGCGCAUAUGCAACGACAUACCAUGUCCACCCAAAUGGAACUACUCGGAAUUUUCCCCCUGCACUCAAAGCUGCGGCUUAGGCCUUCAAACUAGGGAGGUGAAUUGUAUCCACGAAGUGACCCAAGGGGGCAGAAACACUAUAAUCGUGCCGAACAAUAACUGCCCCCAACCACCGCCCCCAGACCGGCAAUAUUGCAACGUCCUAGACUGUCCCGUCAAAUGGGUGGUUUCAGAAUGGUCCAGAUGUACGAAAUCAUGCGACGGAGGAGAGAAAACUAGAAAGGUGGAGUGCAAACAAACGAUGGCUCAGAAUCACACUGUGGGUCGUCCGCAAAACAUGUGUCCAUCCCCCAAACCGCCAGAGAAAAAACCUUGUAACACCAAAAGCUGCGUCAUAGAAACCGAUAAACCAAAAAUAUACGCGUCCAACAACACCUUCAUCCAACACAACAUCAAACAGAAGAAAAUUUCACUGACUGUAGGGGGGGCUGCAACAGUAUUCUUGGGGACAACGGUCAAAGUAAAGUGCCCAGUGAAGAGAUUCGAUAGAACCAAAAUUUCAUGGUUGAAGGACAAGGUGCCUCUGCCGAAAUCCAAAAAAUUCAAGACAUCGAAAAAGGGAGCGUUGCGGAUACAAAAUUUGUCCUUGAGGGAAAGCGGGUCCUACACUUGCAUAGCUGGAAAGUCUUCGGCCAAUAUUCAGAUAUCUGUUAGGUCUAAGCCUGGGGAAUUUCCAACCUCGGAGGAGAUACAGAAGGGCUAUAAGCAUCGCAAUGAUCUGCUUCCUAGCAUUAAUCACAACAGGGAUGAGGUCGUUUUUAACAGCGAUGAUCAGAGCCAUGAGCAGCGACCAGAUGGGCAGAAGAAGAAGUCCAACAAACCGAAGCUUUUCACACCGACCCUACCGUCACUCACACUUGAUAAAAAUCAACUGAACGCAUUGCCACCUCAUAGUACCAGCAGUCAAAAUGUAGCAAACAAUGAGCAGGAUCGUCUAUUAUCCUCCUCUUCUGAAUCAUUAAAACCAGCUGGAAGUAGCUCUAGCUCCGGUUCGAGGCCAAUGCCUCACUUCCAGAGACUCGUUUAUAAUUUACAGCUGCUGUGGCCUUUCCAGAUGUUCGCCAACUCUAGAGGUCAUCGCAUGGUGUCCACAUCCGAAGACUUCUUCCCACGCGACGUGGCCAACGCCGACCAACUCUUCAGCACCACGCCGUACGAAGAAGACGAUCCCAGCAAGGAGAUCGUGCUUGGCAAGGGUGCGGAGGACCUGAAGUUCGAAUGGAUGCUGGGAGAUUGGUCGCCCUGUUCCGAACCUUGCGGUUUCAACGGGAUUCAGACGAGGGACGCUAAGUGUGUGGUGAAGUUGCGUAAUACCACGCAGGGAGUCAACAGUCAUCUUUGCGAUGAUGCCAACCUCAUACCUCCUGACACCCUGCGACAGUGUAACAGGCAUGGGUGUCCUAGGUGGAAGGUGGAGGCAUGGAGUGACUGCGGCAAAUCUAAGUGUAUCUCGUUACACAAAGCUAUACAGAGAAGAGUGGUCAAAUGCUACUCAUCGGAUAACGUCAUCGUAGGACCUUCGAAAUGUGACAAAAACAGCAAACCUGCUCAACAACAAGAAUGCUUCAAUAACAAAUGUGUGGGAAAAUGGAGGGCAGGUCCUUGGUCAGAGUGUGCCGCUGGUUGUGAAAUGCACGGUGUGAAAUACAGGAUUUUGCAGUGCGUUUGGUUUGGUACGAAAAAACCUGCAGGAACAGCUUGCAAGGACAUUCCCCGACCUCCUGUGAUGAAGCCUUGUGUGGGACCGCCAUGUUCAAAUUCAGUUACAGAUUGUAAGGACCACUCCACAUUUUGCCCAAACGUCAAGGCAAUGAACAUGUGUAACGUCUCCUGGUACACGCAACAGUGUUGUGAAUCGUGUAAAAAUUAGGGAACAAAUUAGUUCAAUUGCGAAUGACUGACGAUGAGAGUUACUUGUACAAAUUUCUCCAUAAAAUAAAUUAUAUCAAUUGUAAAUUUCUAUGGCAAUAGUAGCAAAUAUACGUUAUGACCGAGCUUCUGCCGCUAUGUCGCUUAUAGUAUGGUAACCAUACGUACAUCCAUAGGCACAAACUCUGGAAAUGGUGCAGAAAAUGAGCGACACACUAUUCGAUCAACAUAUUAAUUUAAUGACUGGAUAUGAUUAUUUUCCAAGUUUUUUUUUUAUGAGCAUACACUGGGAUGAAUUUAAAAUAAACGUGCACGCUAAUUCUACUGAAAACAGGCCUCUUAAAACUACCCAGGUUUCUGGGUAGAUCCGGUCUAAAUAAUUAAUGAAGAUAAGACUAUAAAGGGUAAAGGCCCUCCAUAGAAAAGCUCUUACCUCCUAACUUUCCUUGUGCGAAAAUGGACACUGUAUUUACAAUCACUCUUUCACCUUAUGGUGAAAUAAGGUUGGUUGUCUGAACCUUCGAGGAGAACUAUACUAACGCAUCUGAAUGCAGAAGGUAGAUUUCUACACUUUUUGAAACUCCAAAGCAAUCAAUUCCGAUGUGAAUAUCUCAUGUUCUGCACUAUCGCCCAGGUCCUGCCUCUACUGUACUAAAAGCUACAAUAUUAAGACUGAUGUUGAGUAUUUUUCAUUUUAUUACUACAAACAUUCCAGAUCGUUAUAGAUUAUAAUAUAUAAAAUUGAAUAAUCUGCUGUAUUAUAUUUAUUUGUUAAUAAAUUCGGUAUUUUCUACAUUUAUAAGUAGGUACCAUUUGAGUGAACUAAGUGUAUAUUAAGUUACCAUCCUAUUCAUGUUUUUAUAUUGUUUAUUGGACAAUAAUUUUCGAUGUAAAUAUAAUUUUUAAUACUACCUAGUAGAACAAUGACCGAUGUUAUAGGUAAUUAGAAAAUAGUUAGCAUAAGUUAGUUGAAUUUGAAUUUUUCUCCUUGUGAAACCAUGAGGAAUUUCAGUUUUGUAUACCCACGAACCUAAGUUUUUAGCUAAGUUCCUGUCCAUCAGAUGCACAUAAUACUUACCAUUAAGUUUAGGAGUAUGUUCGAGAGAAUGCGUAGCAAACAAGCUACGGAUUCCAAAUAUUUUUCCAGAAACGAUUUUAGAGAUGAUUGAGAUUUGGAACGUGCUGUUAUGAAAAUAUUUAUAUUACGAAAGUUAAGGAAUUUUGGAAAUGUUGCUUCCUCCUCGAAUAUGUAAAAAUUAUGAAUUUGCAAUAAUAAAGAUAUCUCGCCCAUCUUGUCAAUAUGGUCAUGUGAUGGAAGUUGUAUAAAACACAAAUUAUUGUUGA